AUGGGGUCCCUGCUCUCCCACCAACCGUUAAAGGCUCUGGGAUAUCUAGGAUUUGCCCUUGUUGUUACGCCUUGCUUUCUGCUAGCAAAUUCUUCCCGUUUUCUCUUCAGCUCGCUCCGCCAAGAUCCAGCAUGGAGUAUGAAAACUGCCUUGAUAUGCGCCUACGUGCGCCUCAUUACCAGAUUCGUGUCGCUUGUAAGGGAUCAACCGUAUGAGCAAGCAAAGGCUGCAACGUUCAAGGAGCGUUGCGUGAGAAUCGAACCUUCCAACCCCAAGCACUUCAUCGGACCCAUCGCCGAGGGCAGUGUAAAGCCCAGAACGACUACCGGUGUUUGGUUUCCAAGCCUACCAGACGCCGCCGAGCCCGACGAGAAGGUCGCCAUUCAUUAUCCAGGAGGAGCAUUCAUCCUUGCGUUUGGAGUUGAAAUGAUUGGUGCCCUGGUAGCUGAUAACCUGGUGGAAAAGCUGGGCGCCAACAAGGUGCUCUACGCCCAGUACCGUCUCUCCCGCGACGAAGAGUCUCGCUUCCCCGCCGCUGUGCAGGAUGCCGUCACAUUCUACAGUUACGUCUUAUCCCUUGGUUUCAAGCCAGAGAAUAUUAUCAUUUCCGGUGACUCUGCGGGGGGGAACGUCGCACUGGCCUUACUUCGAUAUCUUGAGACGAACACCACCGACCUUCCACUGCCCAGUGCCGUCAUCACCUGGUCGCCAUGGGUCGAGGUGCCCUCAGAUGCCGGGCUAAAGUUUGACGCGCAACCUAACUCUCACAAAGACAUGCUAUCUGGAGCGAUUCUACAGUGGGGUGCCGACUCAUACGGACCAGCCUCGAUGUUAGACGAAGAGGUUGAGGCAAUGGUAAACCCAUUGCAUCACCCCUUCAAGACCCGAGUGCCGAUAUUCUUGCAUGCGGGUAGUAACGAAGGAUUUUGCGCAACAAUCAAGGAGUUCUCGCAAGAGAUGGCUGCGCUCAACGGACAAGAAAAGAUCAAGUACCAUGAGACGCCCUUGGCACCGCAUGACAUCUUUCUCACGCAUCCCGUUGUUGGAAUGGGCGAGCAGAACAUCACAGCCAUUAAAUUAGCUCGCUCUUUUCUAGAGAAAUGCCGCAGGGGUGUUGAACAACCUACGUUCGAAGACGAUCUAUAG